AUGCCAUACAGGAGCGAAAGGUGUGCAAUAUGGCUGCAAGAGCAGGAUGUCCACCCCGAUGACAUAAUAACGGUUUUGCCAUGCGAAUCGAUCGACUUUUACGUGCCGUUUCUAGCGGGUUUAUUCAUCGGCGCGAUCGUGAAUACGUGGGAUGUAAAUUGCAAAUUGGACCUCGACGUGCUACGACGGACCAAACCGAAGGUGAUUUUCGCCGACAAGAAACACGUGUUGGAGAUGUACGGUCUACUAUAUCUUCUUUUGAAAGAGGAAUUUUAUACAGAAGCCAUAAUUUUCCAAUCACAGGAGAAUUUCAUGUAUAUGGACUUGAUUGUGGACAAUGUCACCACGGAAUAUAUGAUACCUAUAGAAGCUAAACCAAGCACCACCGUAGUGAUGCUGUAUACUUACAAUGUGAUGACUGUUGAGAAAAACAUAAAGAUUCCUUACUUUGCAUUUCUAAAUAAUUUCUACUCAAAUAUGCCCUUCAUGAGACCGGAUACCGUCGGCCUGUGGCAUGUGAACAUGGGUAACUACCAGAAUUUGAUACUGUUCAUCAACGCUCUAAUCUUACACGUACCGCUGUUCGUCUGGUGGAAACAGGACUACGAACAACUGUGCGCGAUGCUUCAACAUAAGAACAAGCACAAUAUCUUGAGAGGCCUGAUAUAUCUUGCUGGAACUUAUCCCGAGAUCGGCACAAUCGCUUCUGCAUGCAACAUCGAAGGCAGCGGAAAAAUUGGUUUAGUGAACAGGAACAUUGAGCUAACGAUCGUUGAUAGUCACUAUGAAUGUCUGUUGGGGUCUAACACCUACGGCGAAAUCUGCUGCAGAUCCCCGUUCAUGACGAGUGGCUAUUACCUACAGAAUGUGUGCUCCAACAUUGACUCGAACGGAUGGCUACGCACUAAGGAUUUAGGGUGCUAUACCCAAGAUGGUUACAUCUACCUGAUUGGUCAAGUGAGGCUGCCCAUCAAAUAUCAACAGAAAAAUAUUGACAGGCAAGAUAUCGAGACUUUUCUCAAAACCAAUCAUAUAGCGACUCUAGUAUAA